GGACAAUUCGUUGCUUCAUUGAGGAGGAGGUCAUUCAGACAGGGACCGCCUGUGCAGGACGGAGAGGCUAUCGGCAUUUUCGAUGCGACCUUUCCUAAACUAGAGCUACGCGGUCUCCAAGCCAAAUAUGAGCAAGCGGCAGAAUUCCUCCAAGGCAUUGGUAUCAACCCGCCGAACCAGGACCUCGCCUCCGCUGCUGAGAACUAUAUGCCCGCAUCAAAUGUGACCAGUGCAUCGGAGCUGAACGAUGACAAUGGUGAUGGGGCACCGGUGACGGGUCCAUUCUUACCUUCCGUGAGCGCGCAACCUGGCACGGCCAGGCAACCAUUGAGAGAUGAUGUCUCGGGGACUUUGGACUUGUUGUAUUAUGGCCCGAUCAAUCUCGGGACGCCGGCGCAGACCUUAACUGUGGACGUCGAUACAGGCUCUGCGGAUCUUUGGGUGCCCGUGAAUUGUCAGGAUUGCGGCGGGCAUAAGCAGUUUGCUACGUCCAGGAGUUCGACGUAUGAGAAUAACAACGAAGGGUUCUCGAUAACCUAUGGAUCCGGCCAAGCCUCCGGUACACUCGCCACCGACGUCGUCUCCAUCGGCGGCCUCACUGUCCAAAAACAAGCCUUCGGUGCAGUCAACCAAGAAUCCGAAGACUUCCACUCCUCGCCGAACGACGGGCUUAUCGGUAUGGCCUUCGGCUCGAUCGCCAGCAGCGGCAAACCGACGUUCUUUGAGAACUUGAUGAUGGAGAGGCAACUCGCUGCGCCGAUAUUCUCGAUACAUUUGACGAGGAAUCAGGUGCAAGGGAGCGAGGUCUGUUUCGGAUGCAUGGAUGAGAGUAAGUUUAGCGGGCCAACGAGGUGGAUUCCUGUGAAAUCGAAGACGUAUUGGUCUGUAGGGAUGGAUGCUAUCGUGGUGAACGACAAGGCUGCCAUGACCAACAUAUACGCUGCCAUUGACACCGGCACGACCCUGAUCUAUCUCCCGGACCGUCUCGCGGCCUCAUUCUACAAAUUAAUC